AUGCCCGUAGAUGUGUUGUUCACGUUCUGUCUUUUUGUCUGUGUGUCGUUCUGUAUUUGUGCGUUGUUUUCUGUGCUGCUUGCUCUGAUUGCACCAAUGUCUGACAGCCCCUGUCCUGUUCUUACACAGCAAAAGCUGAAAUCUUCGCAGAGGAACAAGGUUCGGCAGUUCAUGUCCUUCACACAAGCUGAGGAAAAGACAGCUGUGUACUGCCUCACGCAGAAUGACUGGAAACUAGAAGUGGCGACUGACAACUAUUUUCAUAACCCAAAUCUUUACUGUAAAGAAUCCAUGAAAACCUCCGUGGACCAGCAAAGGCUGGAGGAGCUCUACAAUCGCUAUAAAGAUCCACAGGAUGAGAAAAAGAUUGGUAUUGACGGGAUCCAGCAGUUUUGUGACGACCUCUCACUGGAUCCAGCCUGCCUCUCCGUGCUGGUUGUUGCAUGGAAGUUUCGUGCGGCCACUCAGUGCGAGUUCUCCAAGAAGGAGUUUGUGGAUGGAAUGACGGAGCUGGGGUGUGACAGCCCAGAAAAACUGAAGGCCAUGUUGCCAAGAUUAGAGCAGGAGCUAAAACAUACUGGACAGUUCAAGGACUUCUACCAGUUCACCUUUAAUUUUGCAAAAAAUCCUGGACAGAAGGUUUUAGACUUGGAGAUGGCCAUAGCCUACUGGAACCUGGUUCUCUCAGGACGAUUUAAGUUCCUCGAUCUUUGGAAUAGAUUUCUUUGGGAACACCAUAAACGAUCAAUUUCAAAGGACACGUGGAACCUAUUGUUGGACUUUGGUAACAUGAUUGAAGAUGACAUGUCAAAUUAUGACCCGGAAGGAGCGUGGCCAGUUCUUAUAGAUGAUUUUGUGGAAUUCGCUCGACCGAUUGUAACAGGAUCACAAAGUAAAACUCUCUAA